AUGGCGGAACGGGGCGGCGGCGGCGGCGCGGGGGCUGGCGGCGGCGAGGGGGACGCGGCAGCGGCGGCGGCGGAGCGGUUCGGCGGCGAGCUGAGGAUGGCCCAGCAGCAGGCGCUGCGGUUCCGCGGCCCGGCGCCGCCCCCGAACGCGGUGCUGCGCGGCCCCCCCCCGCUGAUGCGGCCUCCGCCGCCCUUCGGGAUGAUGCGGGGCCCCCCGCCGCCGCCGCGCCCCCCCUUCGGGCGCCCUCCCUUCGACCCCAACAUGCCUCCGAUGCCGCCCCCGGGAGGGAUCCCGCCGCCGAUGGGACCCCCGCACCUGCAGAGACCACCAUUUAUGCCUCCUCCCAUGGGCAGCAUGCCACCACCUCCUGGAAUGAUGUUCCCUCCAGGAAUGCCGCCUGUCACUGCCCCUGGGACACCAGCAAUGCCCCCAGCUGAGGAGAUAUGGGUGGAGAACAAAACUCCAGAUGGCAAGGUCUAUUUCUACAACGCACGUACGCGUGAGUCAGCGUGGACUAAGCCAGAUGGGGUGAAAGUCAUCCAGCAGUCAGAGCUGACGCCGAUGCUGGCAGCCCAGGCCCAGGUCGGUGCCUCCACACCAACAACCAGCAGUGCCGCGUCGCCGUCAACCUCCUCGAGCACUCAGUCCUCCACAACCUCUACCACAACCACGGCCACGUCGGUUUCACAGACAAAUUCCACACCUACUACACAAGACCAGACCCCAAGUUCGGGUGUUUCAGUUGCCACACCAUCAGUCAGUGUUUCAACCUCUGCUCCUUCUGCUACACCUGUGCAGACUGUACCCCAGCCAGUCCCACAGACAUUGCCUCCUGCAGUUCCUCAUGCAGUACCUCAACCAACUGCAGCAAUUCCUGCUUUUCCACCAGUAAUGGUACCUCCAUUUCGUGUCCCCCUUCCUGGCAUGCCUAUUCCACUUCCAGGUGUAGCAAUGAUGCAAAUAGUCAGCUGCCCGUAUGUAAAGACAGUCGCUACCACCAAGACCGGUGUCUUGCCGGGAAUGGCGCCUCCCAUCGUACCUAUGAUCCAUCCUCAGGUCGCUAUUGCUGCUUCCCCUGCCACGCUGGCUGGAGCAACAGCAGUCUCUGAAUGGACAGAGUACAAAACAGCAGAUGGAAAGACGUACUAUUACAACAACAGGACUUUGGAGUCAACGUGGGAAAAACCCCAAGAACUGAAAGAAAAAGAAAAAAUGGAAGAGAAGAUUAAAGAGACAAUUAAAGAACCUACAGAGGAACCUUUACCAAUGGAGACGGAGGAAGAAGAGCCAAAAGAAGAACCUAUAAAAGAACUUAUAAAGGAGGAGCCAAAAGAGGAAGAAAUGACUGAAGAAGAGAAAGCAGCUCAGAAAGCCAAGCCAGUUGCAACCACCCCUAUUCCAGGAACCCCAUGGUGUGUGGUGUGGACCGGUGAUGAGCGUGUUUUCUUCUAUAACCCUACCACACGUCUGUCUAUGUGGGACAGACCAGAUGACCUUAUUGGAAGAGCUGAUGUAGACAAAAUUAUUCAAGAACCUCCUCACAAAAAAGGAAUGGAAGAAGGGAAAAAACUCAUAUUGAAAUCUCUUACAGUUAGAGAAGAGCAUGAAUCAAUAGAAGAAGCAAAUGAGGAUGAGCCAAUUAAAAUUAAAAAGCGCAAGAAGGAUGAUAACAAAGAUAUUGACUCAGAGAAGGAGGCUGCUAUGGAAGCUGAAAUUAAGGCUGCUCGAGAGAGAGCCAUCGUCCCUCUGGAGGCUCGGAUGAAACAAUUCAAGGACAUGCUUCUAGAAAGAGGGGUCUCUGCUUUUUCAACGUGGGAGAAAGAACUGCACAAGAUAGUUUUUGAUCCUCGUUAUUUACUUCUCAACCCUAAAGAAAGAAAACAGGUAUUUGAUCAGUAUGUGAAAACCCGAGCAGAAGAAGAGCGCAAGGAGAAGAAAAACAAAAUAAUGCAGGCCAAGGAGGAUUUCAAGAAAAUGAUGGAAGAAUCAAAGAUUAACCCGAGAACUACUUUUAGUGAAUUUGCAGCCAAGCAUGCUAAAGACUCGAGAUUCAAGGCAAUUGAAAAGAUGAAAGAUCGAGAGGCCUUGUUUAAUGAGUUUAUCGCAGCGGCAAGAAAGAAGGAAAAAGAAGAUUCGAAGACCAGGGGUGAGAAGAUCAAAAUGGACUUCUUUGAACUACUGGCUAACCACCACCUGGACAGUCAGUCUCGCUGGAGCAAAGUGAAGGACAAAGUAGAGACUGACCCUCGUUACAAAGCUGUGGAUAGCUCUUCACAGAGGGAAGACCUUUUCAAACAGUACAUUGAAAAAAUAGCUAAGAAUUUAGAUUCUGAAAAAGAAAAGGAGCUGGAAAGACAAGCUCGCAUUGAAGCAAGUUUGCGUGAACGAGAAAGAGAAGUGCAGAAAGCUCGAUCAGAGCAAACCAAGGAGAUCGACAGGGAACGUGAGCAGCACAAACGGGAAGAAGCUAUUCAGAACUUCAAAGCACUGCUGUCUGACAUGGUGCGUUCCUCAGAUGUGUCGUGGUCUGACACCAGAAGGACCCUGCGCAAGGACCACCGAUGGGAGUCUGGCUCCUUGCUGGAAAGAGAAGAGAAAGAAAAGCUCUUUAAUGAGCACAUCGAAGCACUUACCAAAAAGAAGAGGGAACACUUUAGGCAACUUCUGGAUGAAACUUCAGCGAUAACUUUAACAUCGACAUGGAAAGAAGUAAAAAAAAUCAUUAAAGAAGAUCCGAGGUGCAUUAAAUUUUCUUCAAGUGACCGGAAAAAACAAAGGGAGUUUGAGGAGUACAUUAGAGACAAAUACAUUACUGCCAAAGCUGACUUCCGAACGCUAUUGAAGGAGACCAAAUUUAUAACAUACAGAUCCAAAAAGCUGAUCCAGGAGUCAGACCAGCAUCUGAAGGAUGUGGAGAAGAUACUACAGAACGACAAGCGCUAUCUGGUGCUUGACUGCGUGCCAGAGGAGAGACGCAAGCUCAUCGUGUCCUACGUGGAUGACCUGGACCGCCGAGGGCCGCCUCCACCGCCCACAGCCUCGGAGCCCACGAGACGGACGACAAAGUAGUGCUGAGUUCACCUAAGGCAAGAGUAUCUGUUAAAUCAAAAAGCUUGCAUGAGCCAUCUGUCAGGUUUAUACAUAUACAUUACCGUGAAUAUAUUGCAAAACCAUCUUAGGAACAGAGGAAAAAGCAGUAUUUGUGAACAUAAAAUGGUCUCUGUGUAAAAAUAGAAAAUGUAUAUAAAAAGAGGAAGAAAAAAGAACAUGGCAGUUAUUUAUGUGUUUCUGUAGGGCAGGACUGGUGGGGCCCAGCUGUGCUGACUGUGUCGGGGCCCUGUCCUGGAGCAGUGGUGCAGGAGGAGCCGUGUUGUGCAGCUCCCAGAGCUGUGCAUGGGGCUCAGGUGUGAGCGUGGCCCUGGGGCUGUCUGUCUGUGAAGGUGAGAUGCUGAAACUGCUGAUGCCUGAGGGCCGUGUUAUGGUAACAGGUGCCGAUUCUGUGCUUGAUUUCACCCUUGUAUGUGGUGAUAAAUCCAUUGGAGCCCGAGUUAAAACUGAAAGGAGAAUUAGCACUGCAGAGACCAAAUUAAAUUUGCUCACAGAUCUGCUUUGUUCCUUACCCUAUCCAUGGAUUAGAAACAAAAUCAGGUUGCUCUGCCCAGGCAAAGAUCUGUCCAAUGAUUUUUACUCCAGUUGGAAACACGUGGCUUGUAGCAGUGGCUACCCAACAGAGCAGGACGGUUGUAUAAAUGUUUUUAUUUACGAUAAGUGAUCUUUGCAUACUUCUGGAUUAGACUGUGGAUUCCCCUUCUGGGCAAUUCUUGUAAACUAUACUCCUGUUUUGAAUGUUAAACUUGUGUUUCUAAAGUUUAAUUUUGAAAUGUUGGGAUUGUUCAGUUUAUGUAUUUGAACUACAAUAAACCAACUCCUUUUUUAUAUGGAUUGUACAGGCCUAACGCCAGUUUUUGUUGGGUUUUGUUGGAGUUGUGAAUUCAAGAGCAGAGCAAAGAACUGAAGUCCUAUUGCCUAAAUUGUUGGCUGUGUUUUGCCAAACUGUGUGAUACUGUACAGCAUCAAAUUAAAUUUCAUAAACAUUCA